AUGAGGAUCAGAGAUGAAAGCCUGACGAGAUUCCAGCCGCCUGCAGAGUGCAGCAGCUCAAAUCCAGGAAACGAGAAGCACGCACCAGAGGAAAAAGAGCCUUCCUUCCUCAGUGGAAGGGCAGCUUCCUUCCUGUCCAGCACUAACAGCCACACCUGCACAGCAGCCAGCCUCACUCAGCAGUUUUCCAUGUCGAAGUCGGCCCAGAUGCCGCUGUCCAACAUCACGGUGCCAAAGCCCUCCAUCUCCAGGGUGCCCAGCAGCAUGGAGGGCAUCAACCAUGAGCUGGAGAAAGUCUUCAUCAAAGACAACGGAGACAAGGAGGAGCUCAAGUCUCUGGAGGUUCCUGAUGGGCGUCGGGCACCCUUCCCUCCCCAGCAGCGCAGCAGCAGUUCUCGCAGUAUGGACACACAGACUCCUUCAGCCCCCGGGCGGUCCAGCAGCUGCUCCAGCUUGUCACCAUGUCCAUCACCAGCCUGCCCUCCAGGAUCACAUGAUGGCAGUCCUUACUCCACGGAGGAUCUGCUGUAUGACCGGGAUAAAGACAGUGGAAGCAGCUCUCCACUCCCGAAGUUUGCAUCCUCACCCAAACCUAACAACAGCUACAUGUUCAAGCGCGAACCCCCAGAAGGCUGUGAGAAGAUUAAAGCUUUUGAGGAGAUGAGCUCCAGGCAGUCGGCAUCCGCCCCCCUCUUCUCCUGCCCCGACAAAAACAAAGUCAACUUCAUUCCAACAGGCUCUGCGUUCUGCCCCGUCAAACUCCCCGGUUCCCUGCAUCUCACCCCGGCCUCAGAGCCCGAGGAAGAUGAGAGCAACAUGGAGGCCGGUUCCAUCUCAGAGCACCAGGGGGCCACCUCACUCUACGGCAUUCCCACUCAGGUUUCCACGAGCACCAGCACAGAUGAUCCUCCAGAGGAGCCAAACUCCCCGUCAGAGACUGCAGAACCCCAGACAGACAGCUAGAGCCGAGCAGAGCAGGCCUCACCCACCACAACUGACUGUCCCACCAACACUUCCUUCUGCUCUGCCAGAGGAGCCUCUGUCUCUCUGUGCUGACCCCCUCCACCCCCAUUCUAUUACUGCAUGACGUAGCAACAAUGUCCCUUCAUUUCCACCAACAGACAGACUGGCCACCUAACUGCUCUGAGCUGUGUGCAAGGACCGACCGGAUGGUGCGAGGUAUUACGCUGCAGGCAUCGGAGGGAACAUCGGAGCACUAUGGAUGGGGGGAGGGGCAUGCAUUUUAAACUGGUAGUAUAUUUCUGAUUAAAUUAUGUGUUGUGUUCGGUUUUAACAUUCACAGUAUGAAUAAGCUCUAAACAUAUACACAAAUAGAUAUAAACACAUGUAGCUCUAUAAGAAGAAAGAAACAUGCUUGUUGAAAAACCUGAACUGUGUAUUUCUGUGUGAUGGAAGGAACGGGAAAAAUCAGCUGCACUAUUCAGGAUUAUGUUUACACUAUCAGGUCACAUGUGGAACCCUGACUCCAAGAAAGGCAACAAGAACAGAAUUUGAGCAUAGACAGGACAAAACUGUUAACAGCUUCAAUGAUUGCACAGUGUCUGCAUCUGGGCAUCGCUUCAGGUGUUUCACAAUCAGAUUCUAUACUCAGGUAAUUUGGAAUGUGUGUCCAUACAAAGUAUCUGCAGCUCCACAAAGCAGAAGUGAUUCCCUGUCAUGUAUUCCUAGUUUCUCCUCAUUCCCAGACAGAUCACUCCUUUGUGUCCCAGAGUCCGCUCUGAGAUCAGACUAGUUCCAGGUGCUGUGCCCAACCUGUAGCUGCCUUCUCCUGCUGAUGGUGGAGUACUGUAGGGACCACACACACUGUGACUGAUUCUACAUGCAGAGGUGUGUGUGCUGAUGAAAGCAUAUUCACCAGGAUUUGAAGAAUGCACAGGGGUUGUUUAGGCCCAGCGUGGAGCGGAUUCCUCUGAGCCUGCUGACUGUGGACCAUCACAUUAAGGCUGGGUCAAACUGAAACAUUUGGUCCGCUACGAAUGUAGACUGGAGGUCAAAAUAUACAAACAUUUAUUCUGAUUUCUAGGCUGUUGUAAACCUGUGGUUAGAAAAUGAUGCAGGAUUUACAUCUGGCUAAUUUCAAAUCUUUUGAGGUUGACUGCAGUUGAUGAGAAUCUUUUCAAGUUGGAUAGAUUAGGAAUUUCAGUUUACAUGUGCUGAAAGCAUCUCCAUCUGAUGGUUUAUGAGCAAAUGUUAUUUUGAGAAGGGUUUAUUAGUGAUGAAAAAGUAUUUCAAAAAUGGCAGCAGUUUGUUUAACAAAUGCUUUUAAUCAAACAUGCAACCAUUAGUCGGCCAAAGAUCAGAAUAACGUUCUGUUACUCAGCAGGUCAGGUACAGAAAAAUCAAAUAAAAAAUAAUUCAUUAAAUGCAUCAAAUAUAAGACUUCCCACCAUUUUAAAUCUGCAAUCACAACGAACAACAAUUACAGCCCAGACCUUUGAUGUGUGUAUAUAUGUGUAUAUAUACACAGUCAUAUUCAAUAAGUUAGAAUAUUAUUGAAUUUCUUGUAACUCAGUUCACUAUGAUGAUGUUUAUUUCUGUUAAUAGUGAUGAUUUCCUGCUUACAUUUGCAUUUAAGAUUAGAAUAUUACAUCACAACAAUAAAAAACAUUUUUAAUGGAGAAAUGUGGGCUUAAUGAAAAGUAUGUUUAAGAUCUGCUUAAAGGUUAUUUUCCAAAGGUACUUUUAUUCUGACGAACGAGCCUCAUUGGAACGCUGAUUCUGAUUUACUGAAUAUGACUGUAUAUAUAUAUAUAUACACACACACACAGUUAAGAUAUGUUACUCAACAGGUACCAUUUGGACCUGUUUUAAAAUCUGAGUAACCUAUCCACAACAGCCAUAUUUCUGUCUGCACCAAAACAACUGCUGAGACAUGAUGCUGGUCUUAGGAAGCAACCAACCAGAUCCCAAAGUGUUUUCCGACACUGUUAAGAUAAGAUUCAGGCAUCUUAAAUAAAUGUUUGUACUAAACAUACCUCCAGUCUUCAUUCAGGACUCUACUGCAACUGCUCUGAUAAUCCAAAAUAAUCCUGAUCCAUUAAUUACAUUCCUGAGAUUUUACCAUCUUAGACGCACAGAUGAUUCAUUCCUGAAGUUCCUCUCAGCUGUUCGAUUGAAUCACUGUAAGAGGCGAGCGUAACAUGGAGAUGUGAGAGAUGAUUGGCUGCAGAUACAGUUGCGCCUUCAGAUAAAAGGAAACUGCUGGCCUGCCUCCCUCUCACUGUUCGUCUGUUAUUGCAGUGAUGCUGUCGCCAAGCAACCAAACACUCAACAUCUUAUUUAUUCUGUGCAAGAGUGAAACAUAAUCGACAUUUAUUUUAAUAUCUGGUGUGCUUGUUAAAUCCCUGCAUUGACGUCCCAUUCCUAUUUUGUAUAUAUGUGGCUUUCAAAGAGGCUCAAUGCAAUGUUGUGGUUUCUAAGGACAUUUCAGCACCUUACCAAGAGCUUUAGCUUUCCCAGUAUCCCACAUAUGCUUGACAUGGGUAAACAAGUGUGUGCAAUAAUUUAAAGGGAAAAAACAUACAAAUAACAAAGGUGUUGUCAUCCAGGAUGUUGCCCGUUCUUUGACAUUUGCAUUGCUUUGGUUUUGAGUUCAGAGGCUGGAUCAGCAAGCAGCUUGUUGCUAAAGCCAUCUCCAAAACCAGCACUGAGAGCAACCAGAGCACAUCACCGGCAGGUCGAGGGUAUUCCUCAAAUCACUACAUGAUACUUCCUUGUGUAACCUGCAGUGUCAAAGUUCAUGCACAAUGGCAAUAAAAUCUUGGUUGUUUUGCCCGA